CUUUUUGUUGUGCGAUAUAUUGCACCAAAAUUAAUUGCGAUAAACUAUAUUAUUGUCAUUUUAAGACAAUUUUAUUUCACUGAUUAUAUAAUUACAAUAUGACAAUAUAAUAGCAUAAUAAUGCAAGUACACUCUUUCAAAGAACAAAGAACAUUUUAUUCUUAAGAAUAUUUAGACAUUGGAACCGGAAUGUGAAAAAAAAAUAUGCUAAAUAAAUAAAACAAACACCGGCUCAUUCACGUUAACUGGCUCUCCUCUCUCAUUCGGCUUAAAGCCAAAAUGUUCCCACAAUGGAGCUUAAGAUUGCGGCUUUGAAACCAAGUCCAUUGGGAUUUGUUCUUCCUAACUGGCUGUAGAUGUCACGAAACACUUUACAACGCAGUGGCCUUCUCUUCACCUGUCGCUGUCCGCUCUGUGUGCGUGUGUGUGGGGGAGACGCUGCCGCCCCGCCUCCGCCACAGAGAGCAGACGAGAUGACAGAGGCAGCGCGAUCGACUAAAAUGUUGGUGAUAUUCAUUUUUAUGUAAAAAAAAAUUAUAUAAUCAUUAUUUUUAAUUAUAAAAAAAUGAUCCGUCGCAAUAUAUCGCGGCACCAAAAAUGAUCGCGCUCAUUUCCAUAUAUCGUGCGAUAAGUCGAUAUAUCGACUAUCGCGACAGGCCUAUAUAUAUAUAUAUAGCAAAUUGUAUAAAGAGCGUUUUUUUACAACUUAAGCCUGGAAUACACUACGCAAUUUUUGCCCAAAUUUCCCCCGAUUUUACAGUCUGAACAAGUUGAUGCUAGUUGAGGAAAGUCGGAACCAAUCUGCAGAUUACAGCUGACAGAUUCCACAGAAAAUCGUGUAGUGUAUGAUGGUCACAGACUCCGAUUUUUUAGCUCCAGACUUUGAUUCUAUCCAGUCGGAGGAUAUCAAACAUGUUUGAUAUUUUCAGCCGAUUUUAGAACAGGUAUGUUUUCAUUUGUCAUCCGUCUCCUAGCAGCAAGGCGCAUGUUUCUGCAUGAGUUUGUUGUGAUCGGAAAAACUAUAACUAUAACAACUAAGUCUGGUAGUGUAUGAUCUUCAGUCGUGUAGUGCAUGAUGCCCAGUUUUUCUUUGUCACUAUUUACAAAGUUGGUAAGUGUAUGAUGCCUAGUGUUUUAAAAAUCUGUUCAGAUUUUAAAAGUCGUGUAGUGUAUUCCAGCCUUAAGCUGCAUUAACAUGUGAAAAUACAUCUAAAUUCCAUAAACUUCUGCAAAGAUGAAUUUUCUUGAUACUGAUUUCAUUUGUUUAGUAACAGCCUAAAUGUAGGCUAUUAUUAUUAUAAUUGAUUGAUUAAAUGUAAGAAUUUGACUCAAAAGAUGAUGCACACUUUAAAAAAAAAAUGGCUUUAUAAAGGUAAAAAUGGCCAUAUAAGGUUAAAAUCAUUUUAAACUUAUUGGAAAAGAUUAAUUUCUAUCACUGCUGUGAACUGAGCACACAGAAUAUGAAGAAUAUCAAAAACUUUAGGAGUCAGCUGUCCACGGUAGUCCUUAAGAUAUCAGCACAAUAACACUAUCGUCUAAUUAUCUUUAUCGUUAAAAUCCCCCAAAAUAUUGAGAUAUGUUUUUUUUAAAUAUCGCACACCCUUAGUACUGACACAAAAUUAUUUGCAAGGGUCGCUUUGUCACUUCCAGUGUAGACAGCCUCAAGCUGUUGGUGUAUUUAUUUUUAUUUUUUGGCUAGUAGAAGUUAUGAAUGGCCGGUAACUUAAAAAUUUUGUUUUCUCGCAAAAUAUGCUGUAUUGUUUAAUCUUAUUAAAAAUUAUAACUAUAAAGAUUGGAGUAUUAAAAUAGAUUUGACUUUAAUUACCAAAUAAAAAGCUAUAAAUAAAACUUUUAAAAGCAGCUCAUGUCACAUGACCAUUCUGCCCUAUAUACGACAGCUUGUAAGCUGAACAGACAAUAAAUUCACUGUUGGUGUCAGUUAAAGUGAUCCCACCCUUAGUGGGAAAGCAGUGAGAGAAAGGCCACGUGAAGUUGUGCUUGAGAGUAAAGAGAAAGUGAAAGUUACAUGGCACUGUGGUAUUCCCCUUCAUUCCAGUAAACACAGCUUCUAAGAACAGAAGUGUACGAUGUGCUUAUGAUCUGCCUGUGAGGAAGUGGCUUGCAAUUGCUUGCUUAAAGUUUCUCAGUCGAUUUGUGGAUGUGGAACAGGAGAAUUUAAACCAUGAGCAGUCCAAAGUGUCCCAGUUGUCAGCAAUCUGAUAUCAGAAAGCUGGAUGGACAGCGUGCAGUCUGCAGAUCUUGUUCUAAAGCAAAGAGAGCCGUGUUUCAGUUCUGCUGGGCGUGUCAGAGGGAAUGGCCACGCAGUGCUUUAACCACCAACUCCUGCAUGCUGCCAAAAUGUGCGUUCCAUGCUGCCCUCCUCAGCGUCAAACAGAUCUGUGACCCACAAAGCUCAGUGAAUGGAUGCCCAUACUUUAGGGCCUGUCCGGGAUGCCAGGCCCUGUUAACACACAAUGGUGAGGGCUGCCCUAAUAUCGUUUGUCCCCACUGCUAUAAGGAGUUCUGCUUUCGCUGCCUGCGUUCACAAUGCUACGACAAUGAAUACGAUGAUAAUGGCUAUGAUGAUACUGAUGAAUACUAUGAGAGUGAUGAUGAUGAUACUGAGACAGAGUCCUGUGUGAUAGUGGAUAAUGCUGAGAUCCUUAAACAUCUGGGACUCUAGUGAAUGAGGAUAAACUAUUAAAAAUAAAAUGUAAUUUUCACAAGAGAAUAAAUGUUUUUCAAAAA